AUGGCAGUAUCAAAGCCACCUGCGAACGAACAGUCCAGUAGUGCUGCACAAACACCGCGCAGAGAUCCAAGACACCUCACCAACCUCGGGGACAUCCUGUCAUGUCUCUCGUAUUACCAGUCAGAAGAGGCCGAGCUGUCCGCUUCUCUGACUGAGGUGCUUUCAGAUCGCGACUCCAUAACAGAGUCCCUCCAACUGUUCCAGUCACUCAUCCCGUCCUUGGAAGACCUCCAUGGCGAGUCUAGCCGCCUUGUCGACAAGGUGUCAUCUACUGCCCGCACUGCAGAGCGCGUAGGCGGGCGUGUCAAGGCCCUGGAUCAAGAAAUGGGCCGCAUUUCACAGGCAGUAGACCGGGUUGGACAAGUUAUGGAACUCAAAUCUUCUCUCAUGCAACUGCAGGCAUGCAUUGAAACUCAAGAUUGGGAGUCAGCAACCAGACAUUGUGCUAGGGCCAUGAUGCUCCCUCCAGAAGUCAUCUCUGGCCCUUUUGCUGAAGCUGUAGUGCCAACAGUUGAAAACCAUCUCCCACCAUCCCAGACUCUUCAGAUUGCAAGAGAACAGUUGUUGUCAGUCUUCUUGAAACAGUUCGCUCAUGCUUCUCGUUCCCGCGAUGCUGCCGCCACGAGCCGCUACUUCAAGCUUUUCCCACUAAUCGGGUGGGAGGCAGAAGGUCUGACAGCGUACGCAUCCUUUGUCGUUGACCUGGUCCGGGUUAGGGCACCGACUUCUGCAAACAUUGCUUCUCCGCUGUACCACGUCACGGUUCUUACUGCACUCUUUGAGAAUGUGGCGAUGAUAGUGGACCAGCACCAACCAGUGGUUGAGAAGUACUAUGGAAAAGGGAAAAUGCAAAGUGUCGUCGAACAACUACUGGAAGAGUGUGAUCGCGUAGUGCAAAGUACCCUAUCUAGUUGGCGAGAAGACCGGUCCAUUGGGAAGAAGUUAUCGGUCAUAGGAAGUUCCCCACUCGCAUUGAACACUCUUCGCAAACAGCACUCGAAUACUGCUAAUGAGGAGGAUAGCCCUAAUCCACGUGAGAUUGAUAAGAUCUUGUCUGAGAUAGCUGGAAUGUGUGGUCGUUGGAGUUUGUUCCGAAAAUUUCUCGUGGAACAACUACAGGAAUUUUCUGAGGACCUUUCGAAAGUCCCUGAAGGAAACGGGGACCCCCGCAACUCAAUGCAACUUUCCGAGCAAGUCCGCUUAUUGGAGAAUACUUCUUCGCAGAAAGACUUUGAUGAAUUGCUUUCCUCUUGCUACAUCCCGUUGGAGAUCUGGUAUAUUCGCGCAAUUAUAGACAAAGCUCACCGACUUUCCACAUGUGAUUUUUCACAAGCUCCCCCAGUUACCACUGCACCCGAUGACGUUUUCUACAUGCUCAAAACUGUCUAUACUCGAUUGCUUUCAGCUGGCUCCCUCAAAACUGUCGAAAGCACCACAGCCAUCCUGAGGGAGGUGAUAGACCGGGAUUACGCAGGGGGAAUAAAGAGCAAGUUGGAUGAUACUUACCGCAAUGCUGGCAGUUCUUCUGUCCGUCCGGAGAAGCCCGAGCGGGAGAGUCGGUUGUCCCUUGUGAUUCUGCUAAAUGACCUGGACAUUUCGUUAUCCCAUAUAGACAGACUGAUAAAAGACCUUUUGGCCCAUCCUGCAGGUACACAAUUAUACCUAGAUGUUGAACAACAAGGAGUCAAAUCAGCAAUAAUGAGCCUGUCUAGGUCGACUGCAAAAUUUGCCGCAACACUCAAAACUGGCAUAGAACAACUGUUCAACCAGCUGAUGCGCACUAAACUGCGCACCCUCAUCCCCGAUGUGUACAAAGACGUUUCAUAUAUCCUAGACGAAAGCAAUUACGGGAAUGCGGAACAUCAAGGCGUCAUCCGGAAGCGCUUCACUAAACUCUGGGAGGGGUUAGCAGACGGCUAUAAAGGCACAUUCACUGAGAACAACUACCGGGUAUUAUUUGGUUUGGCCUUGGAUACCAUCCUUCGUCCAUGGGAGAAACAUAUUUUGACGCUUCAUUUCUCCGAGUUGGGUGCCGUGCUUUUUGAUCGAGACCUCCGAUCCAUCAUAGCAUAUCUGUCGUCUCAAACGACAUUCGGUGAUAUUCGAGAGAAAUUUGUACGCUUACAGCAAAUCUCGUUGCUCCUGAAUUUGGAUAAUGGUGAAGAUGUGGAAGCGUUCUACAAUGGGUCAGGGGUCCCCUGGAGAUUAAGUAUCCAGGAAGCCAAGAGCAUAGUGGGUCUCAAGAUAUAG